AACAGCCGGCAGCGGGAGGGAGGGCCUUGCGCCGGGAGUUCUGCUUACUAGGCAGAUGUGGAAGGCAGGCGAGCGCCUUUGUCCCUGGAUGCACGUCUUUCGCAACUGGACUGGCGUGAUAAAGCAGUGGCAUUCGCCCAAGGCCUUCCUGUCUGUGGACGGAUUCUUGGACUCGCCGCUGGAGCGCUCACUGCAUCCUGGACUGCUGCUUUUGCUCCUGACACAGGCAUGGAUCCCAGGUGGCUGUCUGUUCUCUCCCUCCUUCUCCACAUCCCAUUUGCCUCAGCACAGCAGUGUGAAAUUCCUAGAGGAAAUGCUGAAGCUGUCCGGUCGCUGAACGCAGUGCUCCUGAAGGUCGCGGCAGAUCCGUCCAGACCCCCGAACCCCAGCAUCUACCUCGCCCUUCGCCUCUCGGAUCAGCACAACUUCACCACCGAAAGGCAGUACCUCAAGCGCCUGGUGGAGAUAUUUCAGCCCAACACUGGCAGCCCCCCGUCUGAAGUCGACUACGAGGAGCGGUUUGGGACCGGCCAGCUGGCCCUCUACCUCCUUGCACUGCGGGCCGCGUGCCAGAACAUGAGGACCGUUGCACGGAAUCAGCUGAUCACGCAGCUCAAGAUGCACCUGCAUAAGGAAAUGGAGCACAUUGGCAACCAGAGCAUUGGCCACCCGCUCAGCAACUACUACCAGUACAGCUUGGGUGUCCUGGCCAUGUGUGCGCACCACAAGAAGAUCGACGAGCACGUGAUCGACAAGCUCUUGGACGCGGAAGAGAAGGGCAAGUUUCAGCUCGACCACAAGUUCUCCGUGGACACCGCGGCCAUGGCUGGCUUGGCCUUUGGCUGCCUCAAAGACAGCCACUUCUACACGGCCCCACUGCUGGCCAAGCUCAGCCAGGCAGUCCAGCGUGUGACGGGGAACAUCCUGCUGCCUGAGCCGCAGGAGGGGAUUUCCGGGAACAUCUACAGCAGACCUCUGGUGAUGCAGCUUCUGAUGGGCACAAGGACGGACCAUCUGUGUGCCCGAGACAUGCACACCCUGCUGCACGGCCUGGCGCGGGGGGUCUUCCACAACAGCCUCAUCCAGUCGCAACUGCUGCCCGUGCUGUACGGCAAGAGCUACCUGGACAUUGCUGACAUGCGGUGCCACGCGGAAAGAGGUGCCGGGGAGGCAGACUCCCUGAUCCCUGACCUGUCAUCUCCGGAGCCUCGGAGGCCCAGCCAGACAGGGGAGCGCAUCGCCGUCCAUCUGGUUGUGUAUCACCCAUCGAAUCUGAAACUGCUGUACAAGCGGCUCCUGAAAGCCCCCGCUGGCUCCUCGCUGCUGGAAAUUCUGAUGGCUGCCACGAAGCUGGGCCAGAAGCCCCUUAGAUUCCAGACCGAGAACACCCUCUCUGGCCCGAUGAUCACCGCUAUGAUGGGUGUGAAAGCCCGGAAAGGAGAACGCAAAUACUGGAGGAUUCUGGGAGGAGGGCACAGGAUUCUGGAGCAAGGCAUUGCUGACUACAUUCCACAAGAUAGAGAAACCAUCUCUUUUCGAUUUGUUUCGUGGUAGAAGCAGCUCCUGGCCUCCUUGGCUGGCGUUGCUGUCCUCGCCCAUUACUGGAACACAUGGCGUUGAUGCUGGAGAGCUGCGACGUGAUCUCUUUCUUAUCAACAUCUUGGCAUUUUAAAAUAUAAAUCAAGAUUUUACUUGCAGGCAAAGGAUCCAUUGACUUCCAAGAACGCCUCUUUGGUGGACAUGCCUCUCUGAUGGAGCGGACCGUCUGAACCAGGCUUGAAGGGAAAACAUGUGGCCAUUGGGCUCAUGGAUCCUGCCUCAGUUCUGCUACUGUUCAUGCUGCGACGGAGCACCACUGCAGGCCCAUCCCAAGCUAUUCUUCCAGGUCUGGUGGGACCACUUGGCAGCACCGCCUGUGCUGUUGCCGUAGUUCAGAUAUCGGAAGGCAUGUCGAGACGUACCCUCAAAUGCACAUGGGUUCACAGGCGUUGCUAAAAUGCGGCUGCUCAGGUGGACACUCGCGUGCUGCACACGUGUCCAGAACAGCCCGGACUCCGGUGCCAAAUCUUAACACAGCAAAACAAAAUUGCACGUUUCAGACUGUAAAUGCACGAGGUUGACAAAACAAGACUGUGACAUGUGAAAACCUAA